AUGAAGUUCAUUUACUCUACAGCUUUAAUCUCCGUUCUCGCGGUCGCUAUCCCCACCGGCCGCGGUUUAACCUCUGGCCUUAUGAGACGCGAGGGCGGCGAGGUAUCCACCAAUUACAUCUUUACCGACGACCCUGCUGAAGGUGGUAAAACAACGCAAAAGAUGAAGCGCGAAGGCGGUGAGGUGUCGACCAACUACAUCUUUACCGACGACCCUGCUGAAGGUGGUAAAACAACGCAAAAGAGGAAGCGCGAAGGCGGUGAGGUGUCGACCAACUACAUCUUUACCGACGACCCUGCUGAGGGUGGUAAAGCUACCCAGUAA